CAAUUGGAACGGCUACUUUUUGCCAUGCUUGUGGAAUUCCGUUAGUAAAGCUGGAGGAAAGCUCUGGAGGCCCUCAAAAACGAGCACUUAAGCUUAUAAAAGAUAUGCCAUCUUCAUCGACUUCGACUAGCACCAGUUCCGUUCGUGCUGAUAAUAUUAAGGUCCUGCAGUCUUUUCAGGAAUUCAGAGAAAAGAAGGAAAGAGAAAGAAGCACUCGUUUCGUAAAGAAACCUAAAUUGUCAGCGCCAAAAAAAGACAGAAUUACAGAAGUGACCAUACAGAUCGGGYUACUAAAGUAUCGUGAUGGUGAGCUGAAAACUGUUAGAGGGUCAAACCUACCAUUGAAAGUUGAUUSUGGAAUUGGAUGCGAGGAGCUUUUAAGAAAAGCUGCCGAAAAAAUGAUCAAAUUCAAUAAAGAUUUACCCAAGUAUAMARAGGCUUUUAUGUUGUUGUACCCAGACAGAAGUGCAGUYAAGAAUUUGCCUGGAAGCGAGGUAACCUUUACAUUGCAGAAAUMUAAGGAAGAACUGGGCAAAACCUUCCAGCGGAUUGUGCUAUAUUUGUGCAUGAAAACUGAGUUCAAUGAGUCAGUUUAUCAAGAAUGUAUGUCUCAUUUUGAUGACAGCGAUACGGAUACAGAAAGCGAGGUAGUUCUUGAAAACCAAAGACCCAGUGCACAGGAAAUGAAGAAGUUACAGAUUGAGGAGAUCAUUGACAUUACUCAGUGUGAGAAAAAAACAACAAAGACAAAGGAACACAAAAAGUACAAAGUUGACCAAUUUAAAGAAUGUGCUAUCUGUUUGGAGUAUAUGGAAGAUGGUGGAGUGUCUCCACAAAAUUGUGAUGAUAAAUUUCACAAUGUCUGUCUCACAGAGUGGUUAAAUACAUCAGGUGGCUGUGGUGCCAAAUGCCCAACUUGUAGGGUGAUAUUUUUCUCUGUUAAAUAUACAUCUGAAAAGCCCAAUUCUGAACCCAACAAAUUUGAAGACUUUGGCUCAGAAAGUAACUCAAGUGCAACACAAAAAGAUAAAGAUGAAGGUCCAAGCACAUUAGUUGAACCAGAGAGUGAUGACAUCAACUCCUUUUACAGUUCCCUGUUCUUUAGUGAAGUUGACUUCUACCCAGACUCUGACUUAGAAGAAAUAGAUUUGGAAAAGCCUAAAGAAAAGGGUAGUGAAUCCAAACCAGUCUCUCUAAAUGAUAUUUUAACUGAUCUGUCAAGAAAAAUAGAUUCAGAACAUACUAGCUAUUUUAACAUUUGUAGAAGUGAUAUGUGG